UUUUAGCUUACUCUUUGUCAUAUUAGGGUCAUUCCAUUCAGAUGACAUCAAGUAUCUUAGAGAAAUCGCAGGCUCAGAACAAGCAUGGCAGCAUCUGACAAGAACGAAAGCAGUGAUAAUUUUGUCUUGGUUAUAAAUUGCAGUAAAUGCUUGUCUUCUCGGGAAUUUAUCACACGUAAGUAUACCAUAGCUAAUACUAGUGUUUCUUUUCUUAGUAUUGUUUAAAAAUUGUCUGUACCUCAUUCCAUUUGCAUGCUUUUUCAACUUCAUAUUGUCGAUAUGGGCCUGUCAAAUUAAUUUGCUACAUCAAUUAGUUUUCGCGUAGGUUUAGUAUUAUAAACUAUGGCAGGGAAACAGAUGGCAUUUUGAAGGAGCAAAGAAAUUAGGCUACAUUUCCCAACUCAAGUGGUAUAAAAGUUGCAUAAUUUUUGUAACAUCAGAAAACUAGUUACUAUCUUACCGAUACAAGUAAUACACUGUAGAUGUGACUAGUUGCCACAUAGCAGCCCAAUAGCUAGGUGUGUUAAAUAUUUGACUAAAUUAUUUGACCUUUUAAUAAAACUGUUUAAUAUGGCGAAAAUGUUUAGAGAAUGCAUUUCUGCAGUUCUGGGGCCGGCUGUAUAAAACUCCUAACUAUUUUUUAACUGAUCACCCAUUUGUGAUAUUGUCCAACGUAGAAAGGAAACUGCCGGACAUUCUGUCUGACAAACUGAGGUUUGUUUGUCCAACCCGAGUGCAUUGGUGUCCGAUGUAAGUCAAAAUGUACCCUAGUUAGGGACAUGCACAUUAUGCCGGAAUUUCUUUUAGAAUAACAGGAUUUUUUUUAAACCGGGAGUAAUGGUCAAAAGUGAAAAUAAUAGGCAAAUGUUUUGGUAUGAGGACAUCAUAAUUGUAUUCACAAACAGUUUGUAAACAAUGCAUUUGAUUGGCUUAUUUUAGUUCAUUUUUUUGGGCAAAAUUUGGGACUGGACUCAUACUUUUGGCGCCGCGUACCCACUGUAUAUCCGCCAAACUCAAAGUCAUCACCACAACAUUUUGUCAGACAGCCCUGUAAAAGAUAUUUUAAGGCUUGUAGUUGCCACCAAAUAGAAGAUUAUUGAUACAUGCACCAUUGUUUGUAGCAUUAAAUAUGGCACACGAACGAUCAUAUAAAAUGUUGCACAAAUAUUCUAUUAAGCACAAGUUUCAUUUGUUUACCAGAGAUAACGAAAGACAAAGUUUCAACUCAAAAGCCAUUAGAUGGCGUCAAUUACCACCCAUGGAGAAUCGAGAACAAGUAUUAUUGUGCCGAGGUUAAAUUUCUUGUGGUUGCAAAUCACAACGAGAGACCCGAUUGGCUGACCAAGAAAGAAUUCCCAUUUACUGCAGUUGUGAUUUUAUUUGACCAAAUACAGGUUGGUUACGUGAAGUAUUGGUUUUCUUGAAAAAACUCAGCAAUUUAAUGAAAUCGGGAAGAUCGUGUUUCUUAACCCAUUAAGCUGCAGAGCUCCCCUAUUGACGGGUAAAAUCGUCUGGCAUUAGACAAGUAAAAAAAUAAGUAUGGGGCGCACUGGGUGCAUUGCAGCUCAAUGGGUUAACUAGAGACAUUGUAAGAUUUUUUGGUUAACCCAUUAAGCUGCAGAGCUUCCAAUUUGACAAGUAAAAUCGUCUGGCGUUGGUCAGUUGAACUAUAUAAAUUGAAACUUUUGAAGUGCAAGUCACCAGACAUUGUUUUACAUAAGUUACGUACAGUACUAACUAAAAUCAGAAAUAUAUAUUUUAGGCACCCAGUUUUUCUUGAGCAAAGUUUCGAAGUUGAACAAUCUUUUAUAUAUAUUUAGUUACAUUUUUGGCUGAUCUAUAAAUUGUGAAAUUGCUGGCUAAACGUAAUUAUGAAAACGGUGUAUAAUGCCGAAUUUUUGACUGUAGCUAACACCCUGGGAGUUUUUCAAGGAUCUACUGGCAAACAAGAAUCAAAGCCCCUGGGAGAGUUCACUUAUUUUAAAAUUAUUUUUGUUUUAGUCCUCAUUUGAAGAGGCCAAAGAGUGGCUACCAGAUGUGGAAUCCCAAGAUGCUUCAGUACUUCUACUUGUUGGUUCAAAAUCUCAACAAACUGUCACAAAUGAUGGAGAAAAAAAAGACACGUCAUGUUAG